GCGAUGAGUGCAGCAUUCGACUCUGCAGCUCGACAUCCAGCGCCGGCUUGUCUUCCAGGCACUCGUGUUGAAGUCCUUAGUCUGCUCUCCGAUUGGCUAGAUAAAGAUGGUGGUUCGCCGAUUUGCUGGUUGAAUGGUUUGGCUGGCUCGGGUAAAUCAGCAAUCGCCCAAAGCAUUGCUGAGAAAUAUGCAGGCCAAGGACGUCUUGCCGCAAGUUUCUUUUUCUCUCGCAGAGAGGUACGGCGCAGCACAGCACAAACAUUCUUUCCGACUAUAUCUCUCCAGAUUAUGUCUUUCUUUCCAUCGAUCAGACCAGCGGUUCUCAGUGCUAUUGACGAUGACGGCUCUAUCCCAACAAAAAUCCUUCGCGAACAAAUGCAGCAUCUUAUCCAAGAACCCUUAUUAUCACUCAAAGAAUCAUUGUCGUCACCUGCUGUCAUUGUUGUCGAUUCUCUGGACGAGUGCGAGCACGAUUACAUGGUUCUCGAACUAAUCACACUCCUCGCAGAGCUCCUGCGGGCGUGCACAAUUCCCUUGCGAAUCUUAUUCACAAGUCGAACCGAGUCUCAUAUACAGGCAAAGUUUAACGAACCAGAAAUACAGGUCAUGACACACGCGAUGGAGCUCCGCGCUUUUAACGCUGAAGAUGACAUCCGUUCGUAUCUGAAACACUCUUUUGGAGAGAUCGUAGAAAGGCACCAGAUUUUGCGUCACGUUGCGGCACCUUGGCCCAGUGAACACGAUUUCAACAGCGUAGUUGAAAAGUCAUCUGGGUUAUUCAUAUUUGCCACCACUGUAGUAAAGUUUGUUGAGGACAGGCACCACGAUCCACGCAUGCGACUCGGAAAGGUCCUGAAUGAAGAAACAAGCAGCGAUCCAGCAAGCUCAGCCUACACAGAUCUUAAUAUACUUUAUCUCGACAUCAUUUGCAUUUCUCCUCAAGUCGAUCAUUGUCAACUACUAUUGGGCGUCAUUCGAUAUGUCUCCGAGCCUAUUUCCAUCCAUGACCUUGAUAUCCUACUCAAUGCUCCUGAUGUAGAUGUCAGGUUUGUCCUCUCUGCGUUAAAAUCGGUGAUCCUAAUUCCGGACAACGAGGACGAGGAAGUCCGGAUAUAUCAUACUUCGUUCGGAGAAUUCCUCUCCAAUCGCGAGCGGUCAAAGGACUAUUUCAUUGAUCCCGACACACAUCAUCACAACAUCGCGCAAUUAUGCUUGCAGCUCAUGGUGAAACAACUGAAACGUGAUAUGUGCGAUAUACGGGACCCUUCAAAGCUGAAUAGCGAAGUUGAGGACCCUUGCAGACCAGCAACAAGCUACUCUUGUCGUUAUUGGUCUUUUCAUUUGUCUCGUGUACCGCAUAAUGGUUCGCUGGAUGCCUCGUUAGUGAAUGUUCUACGGGAAUUUGCUUCCAAGUCAUUGUUAUACUGGAUGGAAACCUUGAGCCUCCUUGGCGAAUUAGAGGGUGCCGUGUCAACGUUACAUACAGCUAUACAUUGGCUGAAGGUUCUUCAAUUUCUCCCUGCCGAUGUUUUGCAACUUAUGAAUGACGCUGUGCGGUUUGUCCUGAUGUUUUUGGAUGGUAUUGCUCAAGCUGCAUUGCAUAUAUAUUACUCGGUACUUCCGCUGACGCCGACAUCCACCCUACUUCGCAAGACUUACGACGAUGAACUCAUCGGGACAUUCACGGUGCUAUCAGGCAUAGAAAGUGACUGGGAUGCUUGUACUCGGAGUGUCACGGUCAAAGGAUGCGUCACUUCUCUUGAUUUCUCGCCUGACGGAAAUAUGGCUGCUUCUGGAUCAGAUGAUGGUGUCCAACUAUGGAAUGCAACUACUGGCAACAAUAUCGCAAAGCUCGGUAUGCCUGUAAAUCCCUCAUGCCCCGUAGCUUUCUCUCCUUCUGGUUCUUGCGUCGCUGCUGGUUAUGAUGAUGGCCUAGUUGCCGUUUGGGAUACACUGUCCGGACUAUCUCUCGUUAACAACAAAGAAUGCCAUGAAAAGCAGGUUUCUGCCCUCGCGUUUUCAUCCAGCGGGGACCUCCUUGCAUCUGCUUCCAGUGAUGCAAGUAUACAAUUGUGGGACGUAAAGAAUGGCCGUCCCCUUCGAAGAUUCUCGGGCCACAGUAGUCGUGUCAGCCUGUUGAUGUUCUCGUCAGACAACACCAACUUAGUUUCUGGAUCUGACGAUACGAAUAUCAUCGUUUGGGACGUCAUGAAUGGUCGCAUGCAGCAUAUGUUGAAAGGACACAAGGAUCCGGUCAGGUCCGUUGCGAUAUCACCCGAUGGCGCAUACCUAGCUUCUGGCUCUGAUGAUAAAACCGUUCGAGUCUGGGACGCAAGAACAGGUACUUGCAUUAAAAUCUUGAAAGGUCACUCGAAGAGCGUCCAAUCAGUGCAGUUCACAAGCGAUAACCUACAUGUCAUAUCUGCUUGCUAUUCGGAUCUUCACCUAUACAGUUCCUCCACUGGUCGUCGCCUGGAUAAACUUGACGGCGAUAUUGACGACAUCUCUUGCGUCGCUUUUUCGCCUGAUAAUAAAUACAUUACCGCUGGUCUCACCGACGGCACUAUCGAGGUGUGGGAUUUGUCAUCCAACAAACGUUUGGUCAAGGUCAAAUCUGAGCUCCCCUCUGUCACCUCCAUCGUGUUUUCUCUAGACCAUACUAAAAUUGCAUGUGGCUCGGCAAAGGAUGGCAUAUUGGGAGAUUCUCUUUUCAGGCCUGGAUAUGUUUUGCGCAAAGAUGGCUGGAUUCUCGACGACAAGAAAAAAUUGAUUUGGCUCCCGCCAUCUUUCCGACCGACCGAAUCCAAGUCGACAUCGCUUAUUGUAGAUGGGGACAGGUUAAUUGUAUUGGGUGUGUCAGGGUUUCCCUUAUUUUUGAAUCUUGCUGUGCUUCGCUCCUAGGACUGUGGUAAUCUGUAAACCAUCAUUAUAAAAUGUAUCCAACUGUAAGUUCUUGUUUGAGAUGUACGUGUAUAGUAAUUGUUAGUACUUGUAGAAAACAAAAUGUGAAACUAAGUUUGUGCUCGAGAAGGAGAAGUUCCUAUAUUUUGACGAAAGAUAACACCCAAGCUGAGAGUGCAAAGCAACACUAAUGUUGAUGAUUUCGGCUGAAACGUAAAUGUAAAACCAUGACUCACCUUAGACGUUUCCUCUAACGAACACAGUUUUGAGCUUUAGCCACCUUUGUGACCGUCGUAGUCGUGGUAGUUACUGUUGUUACGUACGACUCUCCACCGCUUGAACUACAGACAUCAUCCAUCCCAACGAUAGUGCUCGUGCUGUCGUCAUCAAUUUCACUACCGGACCGAGUGCUCCUCACUUCCGUCUUCAGUUCGUCAGAGGAGAAGCUACGGGUGAAGCACCGAGUAGCCUGCCAUAAUCUGCUUGCUUCAUAUGGCUGCUUUCGUUGUAGCUGGACCU